AUGAAGAGGGAUUCGGAAGUGAUACCUGAUAAAGACUUGAGGAAGAGGAUUGAGUCCCAACGCGUCGACCCCGAAGACGGUGCGCUGUACAACGUUUACAACUUCGAGGACCCACCUCCUCCCUUCAUCAAGUCGGAAGAGGGAAAUAAGCCGACAUCCAAGAACGAACCCUCUGAUGAAGAGGAGGCCAAAGGCCCAGAGGAGAAUUUUGAAUUGGGUGAAGGCGGCAACGCUGAGGAAGAAGACCUACGAUCCUGGCAUCCAGAGUUCCCCAGGGUCCCGAGUGCUGUCAUGAAGAGACUCCUUGUGCGACCUGAGGACACUCGACGAGAAAUCGAUCGGCUUUUCUACUUAAGCAAAAAUCACGUCACUGAAGCGCUUGAAAGAUUCCUCCUCAAAUUUCCUGGUACACAUGUCAUAAGAAUAGAUGGAAAUUGGGCCCCCACGCAAAUGUUUCAUAACCUAAUGGUUAAGAUCCGAGCGUUGUCAAUUCGUCCAGCCGUUGCCCCGUUCACCUUCGUUUCUUCAAGUGGUGGUGCAGGUGAGGAGGAAGAUGAGGAAAACAUGAGUACAAGUGACGAACUGGACAAGAUUGUGGCUAAGCUGGCUGUCCGAAAGAUGCCCACUAAGCACUCGCCCUGGCAGCUGAGUAGGUGGCAAAACUUCUGUCCAGUCCAACUCUACAACGGCAUCCUCGAGUACGGCAAGACCACCUUUGCCUGUGGUACCAAUCGUGCUUUAAAUUCAUAA